AUGAACACGUGCACGGGCGGCGGCGCCUUUGGCAUGUUCCGCCGCCAGCCCGGCUGCGCGAUCAACAACUGCCAGUGCUUCCCCGUGCUCUUCCAGUGCGACGCGACGCUUGGCGACGGCAUUGGCCAGUGCGUCCUCUCGAACUCGGGCUGGGCGUUUAUGAUUGCAGUGCUCCUCAUCAACCUCAUCGUGCCGGGCGUGACGCUCCUCAAGCACGCGUACGAAGACGGCAAGGUCACCAAGCAGCAGCGCGCCAACAAGCACAACAUCCACAACGUGGCGCAUGGCGGCGAGAAGCAGCUCUCGCUGCAGGACGACGUCGCGCCUGCCGACGGCGUCAUCCCCAACAGCGAGCUGUACAUCAGCCUCAAGAAGUUUGGCAAAAGCGUGCCCGACACUGCGUACGGUCUCGACACGACCGCCAAGAUCUUCAUGGAGACCAUGUCCAAAGGUUGGAUCCAAUACGUCUUCUACUCGCUGAUUGCAGCGUUCGUCUUCUGCCUCCUCUUGCUCUGGGUCCCGUUCGAAAUGGCGCAGACCAACGUCGUGCUGCACCCGACCGCCGUCGCCUCGGUCAACACGUCGUCGUACGACUUGCACACGGCCGUGAACACGAACCUCCCGACCGCGAUUCGGUUCGUCUCGCUCGAGGGCGACUUUUGCGCCGCGUCGGCCAACUUGUUGGCGCGCAACGGCCUCAGCACGCUCCACGUCGCGUACGACAUGACGUUCAGCGUCGACGAGAACGACAUUCUGCAAGCGUUCGACGGCGCCAAGUCGCUCGGCUGCAACUGCGUCGACGGCGUCUGCGCGCUCGUGCCGUCGCAGUCGUCGACGAUCGACGGUCUCCUCCCGCUGGUCUACUUUCCGUGGUACCAAGACAUCUCCAAGCCGUUUGCGCUCGAAAACAAAAACCACUCGUUCGAGCUCAACGCGACGUUCACGAUCACGGCGCCGGGCCGGAUGCAAGCGACGACGCCACUGCGCCCGAUCCCGACCUUGUCGCUCGUCGCGCACCACUCGUACGUCGAGAAGAUCACGGACGCCGUCGACUUUGUCGUCUGGGUCCUCGACUUCGUCUUCUUCGGCCUCUGGUUCUACCUCAACCGGCCGGCGACGCAGCCGAAAGACACGCACAAGAUUCCCGAGCGCAAGGUCGUCGUCUUCAUCCUCUUGACCAACAUUUUGAGCUCCGUGCCGAUCUUCUACCUCUCCAACUGGUUUAGCAUCCACGCGACGAACCAGACCAUCUACCUCUUCUCGCACGUCUGGACGUCGUCCGCGACCGGCCUCUGGCUCCUCGGCCUCCUCUUCGCGAUCGACAUGCAGCGCAAGCGCGUCUUCACCUUCCGCUUCGUCUGCGUCAAGGUCUCGGUCGGGCUCGUCGGCCUCGUCACGUACAUCGUGUCGUUCUACUACGCGCCCGUGUACAUCUCGUCGAUCGUGGAUUUCCUACUCGCGAUGCUCGCGGCCGCCGUCUUCCGCGGCGUCAUGGUCAACGUCCGCAACCAGCUGCGCAACCAGAGCUACAUCCGGACGCGGCCCGAGCAGCUCACGGCGCGCCUCCUCUACUACAUUGGCAUGGCCGUCACGUACAUCUUCAUCGCCGUCGCGAUCGUCGCCGACCCAGUCCCGCGCGUCUCGACCUUCAUCUCGCGCUACGCGCUCAUGACCGACCUCUCGAUGCAGAUCAUGCUGCGCACGUGCACAUGGGUCAUCCUCCUCGUCUUCCUGCCGCCGACGUACGUCAACCCGGCGAAAGCCGUCUACUAUGGCCGCGAACGCUCUGCGCUGCCGCACUUGACCAACGGCGCGAUGCGGGAUUUCGAGCUCGCGCACCUCAAGCAAGCAGUGGCCGCGCAGUCCAAGACGUUCAUCGGGCAGUCGUACGGUGGCAGCGACGCGAGUGCGUGGAAAGCGCCGCACGCGUUCUGCAUCGAGACCGGCGUCCGUAUGUACAACAUGGCGACGGCCGUCUACGAGACACUGGACCUCGACGUCUUUGCGCAGGACGAGCUGAGCUUGGUGACCGAGCUCUACGACGCGGGCACCGACACGUACGGCUACGUGCUCCGCGGCCACCAGCGCAUCGUCGUCGUCUUCCGCGGCACGGCCAGCGCCAAGAACGCGGUCACGGACGUCAAGUACAACCUCGUGCCGACGGAUUUUGCUGCGCACAACCACCCGGAAUUUGAAAAGAUCCGCGUGCACACGGGGUUCUGGGCCGCGUACAACACGGUGCGCGCCGACCUCCAGCGCGCCGUGAGCGCGACGCUCACCGAGAUGGGCCGCGACGUGCAGCUCUACUUUACGGGCCACUCGCUCGGCGGCGCGCUGGCCACGCUCGCGUCCUUCGACGUGGCGUACGCGACGAACUUGGACGUCGUCAUGUACAACUUUGGGUCGCCGCGCGUCGGCAACCACGCGUUCGCCAAGGCGUACAACAAGCUCGUGCCGAACGCGUACCGCAUCGUCAACGACGGCGACGCGGUCGUGGGCAACCCGAAGCGCGUGCUGCACGCGUACUGCUCGCGCAAUCUGCGCUACAAGCACGUGGGCACCGUCAUCUUGCUAUCGUCGCGCGCGUCCGGCGUGUUCGUCUUGGACCCGAACAUCGUCGAGAUGGCCUUCAUCGCGAAACUGCGCAACAACGGCCUCUCGCACCUCAUGUCGAGUUACCAGGUCAUGCUCAACAAGGGCGUCGACUGGAUCAACCGCGAAGAGCUCCAGAAACUCGCCAAGGAAGCCAAGCUCGGCGCCGACUCGGAGCGCACGCCGCUCAUGUACGCCUAG